GGCGUCGCGAAGCUGGUUGAAGCGAACAGGUAACCUCAAAAAAAGGAACCUGACGUACUCCGUACCUUCUUCAACUUCUCAAACACGCAAUCUUCCCCCAUCCGCCGCACAUCAACCUUUUCCGUCCAAUUUUCCCGAUUGCCAUCUCGGGACAAGACUAACCUACUUUCUCUGUCGCACACUUCUUAAUUGCCCACGUCCUCCGUCUGUGGAUUGUUGACUUGUUCCCGCCCCUGCCCCGGACGGAGGUGACGACGAACCAACCUCAUUUACUUCCUGGACGAAUCUCCUUCACCUUGACAUCGUUCAAGAUCUCAGCCUUCGUAAUAAGUUGGCUGCUUCCCCUCGCCGCCUUCGCGCAGCCUAGCGCCGACAAUUUACCAUGGCGUCGCUGCCCAUCAAGUUCCAGGAGCUGUUGCAGCUCAACAGCCUUGGCGUGACCGAGAAGGCCAUCACCUUCAACUCCUGUACACUAGAAUCAGAUUCCUACAUCUGCAUCCGGGAAAAGAAGGACGAAGCCUCCUCGCCCGAAGUCAUCAUCGUCGACCUCAAAAAUGGCAACAAUGUCAUCCGACGUCCCAUCAAAGCCGAUAGCGCAAUUAUGCACUGGACUCGCCAGGUCAUUGCCCUCAAGGCUCAGUCGCGCACCCUCCAAAUCUUCGACCUGGAGCAGAAGCAGAAGCUGAAGUCGACGACCAUGAAUGAGGACGUUGUCUUCUGGAAGUGGAUCUCCGAGACAACACUGGGAAUGGUGACCGACAGCUCUGUCUACCACUGGAAUGUCUUCGACGCGAGCCAGGCAGCGCCCGUCAAGGCGUUUGACCGGAACUCCAACCUUCAGAACAACCAGAUCAUCAACUACCGCACUAGCGUUGACGGAAAAUGGAUGGUUGUCGUUGGAAUAUCUCAACAACAAGGCCGUGUCGUUGGUGCCAUGCAGUUAUACUCCAAAGAUCGGGGCAUUAGCCAGGCGAUCGAGGGACAUGCGGCCGCCUUUGGCACUCUCAGAUUGGAGGGUGCUCCCGAGGACACCAAGCUGUUCACCUUCGCUGUGCGCACUGCAGCGGGUGCGAAGCUGCAUAUCGUCGAGGUCGACCACCCGGAGACGAACCCCGUAUUCACAAAGCGGGCCGUCGACGUCUUCUUCCCCCCCGAAGCCGCCAGCGAUUUCCCGGUUGCGAUGCAGGUAUCGCAGAAGUACGGCCUCAUCUACCUCGUCACCAAAUAUGGUUUCAUCCACCUCUACGAUCUUGAGUCCGCGACCUGCAUCUUCAUGAAUCGGAUAUCGAGCGACACCAUCUUCACGUCCUGCGCAGACUCGAGCUCCACAGGCAUCGUCGGCAUCAAUCGCAAGGGCCAGGUUCUUUUGGUUGCCGCCGACGAGAAUAAUCUGGUCCCAUAUGUCCUGGAGAGUCACGGGAACGACUUGGCACUCAAGUUGGCAUCCCGUGCUGGACUUCCUGGCGCCGACAAUCUCUACCAGCACCGCUUUGAGCAGCUAUUUAGUUCAGGUAACUACCAGGAGGCUGCCAAAGUUGCUGCCAAUUCGCCCCGUGGUUUCCUGCGCACGCCGCAGACCAUAGAGCGGUUCAAGCGGAUCCCUCAGCAACCCGGCCAGAUGUCCCACAUCCUGCAGUACUUUGGUAUGUUGCUUGACAAGGGCACUCUAAACCAGCACGAGACCAUCGAGCUUGCCCAACCAGUCUUGGCUCAGAACCGGAAGCAGCUCCUCCAAAAAUGGCUCGGCGAGGACAAAUUGGACUGCUCCGAGCAACUGGGUGACAUGGUUCGCCCUCAUGAUCUCAUGAUGGCUGUGGGCAUCUAUGUGAAGGCCAAUGUACCGCAAAAGGUCGUCGCCGGCUUUGCCGAGACGAGCCAGUUCGAGAAGAUCCUGCCGUACUGCGCCUCCGUCAGCUACCAGCCGGAUUGGAUCAACCUUCUCCAGCACAUUGUCCGAGUCAACCCUGAGAAGGGCGCCGAGUUUGCGACAUCGCUGGUCAACCAAGAGGGCGGAUCCCUUGUUGACAUUGAACGGGUCGUUGAUGUGUUCCAAGCCCAAGGCAUGGUUCAGCAAGCCACGGCGUUCCUUCUGGAUGCGCUCAAGGACAACAAGCCAGAGCAAGGCCAUCUCCAGACCCGUCUGCUCGAGAUGAACUUGAUGAACGCCCCGCAAGUGGCCGACGCCAUCCUCGGCAACGACAUGUUCUCGUACUUUGACAAGGCCCGCAUCGCUUUCCUGUGCGAGCAGGCCGGGCUCUUCCAGAAGGCCUUGGAGCUUUACGAGGACCCCGAGGCUGUCAAGCGAAUCAUUGUCAACAUUCCUGGCGCUCCCAACUUCAACCUCGACUGGCUGACGGAAUUCUUCGGCAAGCUGUCUGUCGAGCAAUCCCUGGACUGCCUAGAUGCCAUGAUGAAGCAUAACAUUCGCCAGAAUCUUCAGUCUGUCGUCCAGGUCGCCACCAAGUACUCCGAUCUCCUUGGCCCUACCCGGCUCAUUGAUCUCUUCGAGAAGUACAAGACCGCCGAGGGCCUGUUCUACUACCUCGGCAGCAUCGUCAAUCUCUCCGAGGAUCCGGAUGUCAACUUCAAGUACAUUGAGGCCGCCACCAAGAUGGGCCAGUUCGGCGAAGUCGAACGUAUCUGCCGCGACAGCAACCACUACAACCCGGAGAAGGUCAAGAACUUCCUCAAGGAAGCUCGCCUCAGCGAGAUGCUGCCUCUCAUUGUCGUUUGCGACCGGUUCAACUUCGUCCAUGACUUGGUUCUCUACCUCUACCAGAACCAGCAUUUCAAGUCGAUCGAGGUCUACGUGCAGAGAGUCAAUCCCGCUCGCACGCCCGCUGUAAUCGGCGGCUUGCUUGACGUCGACUGUGAGGAGACCAUCAUCAAGAACCUUCUGGGAACGGUUGACCCGGCGUCUAUUCCAAUCGACGAAUUGGUCUCAGAGGUUGAGACGCGGAAUCGUCUAAAGCUCCUCCUUCCGUUCCUCGAGGCGACAUUGGCAGCUGGGAACCAGCAGCAGGCUGUCUACAAUGCCCUUGCGAAGAUCUAUAUCGACUCCAAUAAUAAUCCGGAGAAGUUCCUCAAGGAGAACGAUCAAUACGACACCGUCGUCGUGGGCAAAUACUGCGAGAAGCGCGACCCUAACCUCGCAUACAUCAGCUAUCGCAAGGGCCAGAACGACCUGGAGCUGGUCAACAUCACCAACGAAAACUCCAUGUACAAGGCUCAGGCGCGGUAUCUCCUUGAGCGGGCCGAUGAGGAGCUCUGGUCCUUUGUUCUUAGCGAGAACAACCUCCAUCGCCGCUCCGUGAUUGACCAGGUCAUCUCGACUGCGGUCCCGGAGUCGAUCGAUCCCGACAAGGUGGCCAAGGCCGUCCAGUCGUUCCUGGCUGCCGAUCUCCCCGGAGAGCUUAUUGAGCUGCUCGAGAAGAUCGUCCUUGAACCCUCGCCCUUCAGUGACAACGCGAGCCUGCAAAACCUGCUCAUGUACACUGCCGCCAAGGCUGACAAGGCUCGCGUCAUGGAUUACAUCCAUCGUCUGGACGGUUACGAUGCCGAGGACAUCGCCAACUCGUGCAUCGAGGUCGGUCUCCACGAGGAGGCGUUUGAGAUCUACAAGAAGAUUGGCAACAACGAGGCCGCUGCCAACGUGCUUGUCGAGCACGUCGUUAGUAUCGAUCGGGCACAAGCAUUCGCCGAGCACGUGGACACCCCUGAGGUUUGGAGUAAGGUUGCCAAGGCUCAGCUGGACGGCCUCCGGAUUAGUGACUCGAUCGAUUCGUACAUCAAGGCCGGCGACCCGAAGAACUACGAGGAAGUCAUCGAGAUCGCCGUCCGCGCUGGCAAGAACGAGGAGCUCGUCAAAUACCUUCGCAUGGCCCGUAAGUCUCUCCGAGAGCCCGCCAUCGACACGGCCCUCGCUUUCUGCUUUGCGCGCCUGGACCAGCUCUCCGAGCUUGAGGAUUUCCUUCGCGCCACCAACGUCGCGAACAUUGAGGAGUCCGGAGACAAGGCUUAUGAGGAAGGUCUCUAUGAGGCUGCCAAGAUCUUCUACACCAGCAUCUCCAACUGGGCCAAGCUCUCCACUACCCUCGUUCACCUUGCCGACUACCAGGCCGCCGUGGAGUGCGCACGGAAGGCCAACAACAUCAAGGUGUGGAAGGAGGUCCACGAGGCAUGCGUGGACAAGAAGGAGUUCCGGUUGGCCCAGAUCUGUGGUCUGAAUCUUAUUGUCGACGCCGAGCAGCUGCAAGCCCUCGUCAAGCAGUACGAGCGCAACGGUUACUUCGACGAACUCAUCAACCUCCUUGAGCAAGGCCUCGGUCUCGAGCGGGCCCAUAUGGGGAUGUUCACCGAGCUGGGUAUCGCACUGGCCAAAUACCACCCAGAACGUCUGAUGGAGCACCUCAAGCUGUUCUGGAGCCGGAUGAAUCUUCCCAAGAUGAUUCGUUCUUGCGAGGAGGCCAACUUGUGGCCCGAGCUGGUGUUCUGUUACUACCACUACGACGAGUUCGACAAUGCUGCGCUCGCCGUCAUCGAGAGGCCAGAGAACUCUUGGGAGCACCAGCAGUUCAAGGAGAUUGUGGUCAAGGUCGCCAACCUCGAGAUCUAUUACAAGGCCAUCAACUUCUACCUGGAGCAGCACCCGUCGCUCUUGACCGAUCUCCUCCAGGCUCUGACGCCGCGUGUCGACGUCAACCGGGUUGUCCGACUGUUCCACAAGUCGGAUAACCUGCCGCUCAUCAAGCCUUUCCUGCUCAACGUCCAGACGCAGAACAAGCGGAUUGUGAACGAUGCCAUCAACGACCUGUUGAUCGAGGAGGAAGACUACAAGACUCUUCGCGACUCGGUCGAGAACUACGACAAUUACGACGCCGUCGAGCUGGCCGGUCGCCUCGAGAAGCACGACCUCGUCUUCUUCCGCCAGAUUGCAGCUAACAUCUAUCGCAAGAACAAGCGCUGGGAGAAGUCGAUCAACUUGUCAAAGCAGGACAAGCUCUGGAAGGAUGCCAUCGAGACUGCGGCCAUCUCCAGCAAGGAGGAAGUGGUGGAAGAACUCGUCCGAUACUUCGUCGACAUUGGCAACCGAGAAUGUUAUGUCGGCAUGCUCUAUGCCUGCUACGACCUCAUCCGGCCUGAUACCGUUCUCGAGAUGUCUUGGCGCCAUGGCCUGAACGACUUCACCAUGCCGUACAUGAUCAACCUCCUAUGCCAGCAGACCAAGGAGCUCACCACCCUCAAGGCGGACAACGAGGCUCGGAAGGCCAGGGAGAAGGAACAGGAGAAGGUCGAGGACAACACGCCCAUCCUCGGUGGCAACCGUCUCAUGAUUACCGCUGGUCCGGCCGGCGGUGCAGGCCAUGCCUCACCAGUCCCGUUCGCCCAGACCAACGGGUUCGCUCCCCAGCCAACCGGCUAUGGCUUCUAA